AACUAUUUUUUCACAAAUCUCUUCUCCCUCAAUUAAUCUAAAAUCUUUAAUAAUUAAAUAACGAAAUCCAGGUAAAUUAAUUCAUUGCAGCCAACUGUUACCCAUUUACCCACCACCGAAUUAAAAAUUCACCCGUUUUCAGUUUUACGGAAAAGUGCCACGUUGACCUUUGUAUGAGAAAAGACAGAUAGGAAAUUUAAAGACAAAAAGAAAAUAGAAAAUUUUUAAACACGUAAAAAAUAAUGAAUGCAGAUAACGUUCAAAGGUUGGGAAUAUGUGUUUUCAACCCCAAAAAUUAUCUAAAAUUGCAAACCUGGCCCCUCCCCAACUCUUCAAGAGAGGUGACAAUUGACAUCAAAACUUUUAAAUGGUAACAAAAAGGGCAAAAAAAUGGUGAAAAUAAAAAGAUUCUUCCGUUCCUCCCUCCCUCCCCUCUCCUCUCUUCUGCAGUAGGCGGUUACAGUCUGUGUGGACGCAAACUCAAAUUUCCUCAGCUCCAUCUCGGCGCUGCAGCUUUGCUCAUUCCGUGAGUUUCACGCUUAAUGCACAGCAGAAACUACGGUGAAGCAGCAUGUUCUACUCACAUUUGAUGCUGUCGAAGAAGGGGGCGUUGGGCGUCGUUUGGAUGGCCGCUCAUUGCUACAAACGGCUGAAGAAGGAUCAAGUCCAGCAGACUAAUGUUCCUGCUUCUGUCGAUAUGAUUCUUAAGGAGGAAGUGCCUAAGCUGACGCAUAGAAUCUUAGCCUUCCUUCUACUCGGCAUUGCGAGGAUAUACGCGAAAAAGGCGGAGUAUCUGAACAAGGACUGUGCAGACCUCCUAAAUAAACUAUGCGAGGUUUUCAAGAAAGAAGAUAACACUGACUCAAGCCUACGAACUUUGCGGAAAUUCUCGAUCGCCAUGCCGAACAGCUUCGAUCUGGAUGCUUUUGAUCUUGACCUCUGUGAAGAUCUAGACUUUGUGGGUGGAAAUGUGCGGCCGCACAAUCAACUUGUGCUUGCAGAGGUGCAAGAAAACAACAGGAAUGCACAUGAUUUCCAGUGUGAGCUGCAGGAGAACACAACAAAUACACUACCCGGAAAUGCAUAUUCGCGGCAUUAUGAGGACAGACAAUUGGUCUUGGCCUCAUCCGUUAACACGGAUUCUUCUUUGGCUCGCCUAGGGGAGGUACCCAAUACAAGUUAUUUCUUGGAAGAUCGUUUGGAGCCACUGGUGUUAGAUGUGGCUGAAGAAGAACAGCUGUGUAUGAAGGCAACGGACACCAUGUGCCUUACAUUGCCGAGCUUGGAGAGACCUCGUGAUGCUCAGUUCUCUUUUGAAGAUUGCUCAGACUAUAUGUUGUUGGAUGGAGCAGAAAAAGAGCAAACAAGCCAUAAGCCAUCUGAUGACAUGAUAGGGACUGACUUCCCUGAUCCGAUCAAAGAUGUUGAGUUCGAUGAUGACUCAAGUCCAUUAACUCUUGGAAUUGAGUCGGCCAAAGGUACGGAGAUACUUGAAGCAACUGAUAUCUCCUUCGAAUACUGCCCCACUUUGAAAACAUCAAAUGAGGCUGAAAAGGAUCAAGGCAGCAACGAGCCUUCUUCUACAGAGAGUGGAAUUACGGAAAAACCUGUGGAGAAUCUAAAGGCUCAAUUGAGCAUGCAAGAGGGUGGACUGGAACGUGUUGAUAUAGCGCAGCCCGUGGCUGUGAAUAAGAGGAAUGUGCUGGAGGUGCUUACCCCAGACAUUAUGAGCUGCCAGAAUAUGGAUGUGUUUCCGAUGUCCAUUGGCACUCAAAAUCCACAGCAGCUAGAUACAAGUAGCCCUGAGCUUGCUGAUAUCCUGACUCCUGCUGCCCAAGAAUGUGGUAAAAUUCAGAGCAAGCCGGAAAAUUUAUUUGACACUCCUAGUGCACAAGAAUGUGGUAAAACUCCGAGGAAGCGGAAGAUUUUACUUGAUAUGGACACUAUUAUUCCAAAUAGGGUAAUCAAAGAAUGGAUAGCGAACAGUCCAAGUGCUUUGAAACGUGAGAGAAAGGAUGUUCCAAAAACUGUUUUGCAGGCAUGGAGGGCUUGCAAACUUGGCCAAAGCACUCCUAGCUUUUCCGAGCCAUUAAUAUCCGGCAUGUCAGCUGAUCUAGCAUCACUUCAUUGUGACAAGAAUUGUGCAGCAGCGACUUCUGGUGCCGAAUUGCAUGCCAAUCCCGACAAUUUCCAAUUUCCAGCAUGCACAGUUGAUGAACAAAAUGUGGAUGCUGGUUUCCCGGCUAUCGAGUGUCCUCCAAGACCAGCCCCGCUUGCUCCCAGAACACCCACAUCUAAUCUGGGUUUAUUGAGGCCACAGAAGAUUGGAGAAGCUCCGGAUUCAGACAUCCUGGAAGCCUCCACCUCACAUGAAAGCAUGGACAAGAUGCAAUCUUCAAAUGAAGAAGAAUUGAAUGAAGUCUUUUGUGAGGAAACAACUUCAAGUGACAUAGACAGCCAAGCAAAAUAUAACUAUUCUGCAAAUACAAGAACAUUGGGAUGCUAUCUUCAUAGAAAAUUCAUGGCUAAAAGAAGAAAAGAUGAAGAGGAAGUAUUGAACUUGUCGAAGUUGCUGAGUGGAAGGAGAAAGAAAGCAAGCGCAAGGACAUUUUUCGAGAUAUUGGUGUUGAAAACCACAGGCUGCAUACAUGUACAACAGGACAAUAACUAUGGCGAUGUUAUGCUGCGGGAGGCUUCCAAAUUGAAGCAGGUAGUAGAGAAUUUUGUGUAGCUACAAGUUGGUAUAUAAAACUUGCAGAGUGCAGUUAGAUGACUUACUAAGUAUAAAGAAGAGGAUAUAGUUGGGACAGAGUUAGUUAUUUGUAACAUGAUAGAGAGACAGGCUAGGCUGUUGUAGUUUGUAAAUUUAUCAUAUGAUGAAUUAAUUGAUGGAUGCUUUGAAUUGUACAAAUGUAACAACAGUUGCCCAAACUAAAAUUUAUUUAUUUAUGAUGGAUGGAAGAAUGAUGCUUCUUCCAAAUAACAAAA